CAAAGACGAGAAGAUCUAGAGGGACAGCUUCGGGAGCUAUUCAUUUCCGUCCUUCUCCUCCCCUCUCUUCCCCCCCUUUUGAUUCCUCGCAGACGAGCGACCGCGGCAUACGUGACCGUGCAUUGGAUUGGACGACAAAUCGACGUGGCAUUCCAGUCCGUGUCCAAGUGGUGCGACCGACCGCGACCCUUCGUCAUUCCAAGCCCCAUCCCUUCCCACCUACCGUCCAGUCACCUUCGACCUCAACAAUGCUCCGCGACCCCGAGCACCCGUCAACUGCAGCCACGCCUGCGAGUAGCAAUACUGCGGAAGUAUCCUCGACAGCGGUCGCGUCGACCGAAAUCGAAGAGACUUGUCAGCCUUACGCCGACAAUCAACCUGCCCACCAGAAUACCCCUGUAACUUCUUUAGCACCGAGCUCGGAUGCGUUAUCCCCACUACCGCCGAAACAAUAUCCUUCACACCCCUCUCACCGUCGGGCGAACACCGAGAUUAUCCCGCGGCAAGCCCCUCUGCCGUCCAGGAAGCUCUUCUCCGAUCAACCCAAAACCUACGAAGACUUGGACUCCGGCACUACUCCCUCGAACCCACCAGUUGAGAAUACUGCCAGAAAGAGACUCGAAGAAGGCGCAAAGCGCUUGUCGGGCUGGUUUCAAGGAAAGUCGGAACCGGUCAACCUAGGAGUAGUGUAUCAGUCAGAAGAGCAGGACUCCGCCGCCACAGACGAUAUGGAGAAGCGCGCCAGUCGCGAAUUCUACGGGUCGCCCAAUGUCCCAACGGGCCUGACAAGCCGAACUCAGAAGCGGAUGACUGCGCCGUCGCCUCUGAAACAGGUUACAUCAUCAAGUCCCUUCUCGUUCUUCGGGUUAAAGAGACAGGGGGAGAACAGACCGGAGCUGCCCGAACCUGCCCAGGACGAGUUCUUGAACCUCGAUAUCAACGCCGCUUUAUUCCCGACUGGAUUCAGUAAUCUAGAAGGUCGGGAAGCCUUUGACGCCCUGAGACAAAACGCAGAUACUGUACUUAGGCGGCUACAGGCUGCAUACAAACAGAGGACAUUCGCCUUGCAUGAAGCUCUGGCCGACAAGAAUGAAAAGCAAGAGGAGCUGGAGGUCACUCGGACACGCAUCGGGAACCUCAAGAUCCAGUUAGAUGGCAUGGCCGAGAAAGUCAUCCAACAAGAAAAAGCCAUGAAGGCCAUGGCAGAAGAGCUGGAGCAUGAGCGGCAAUUACGUCGCCGAGAGGAAGAGGCACGCCUGCGCAGCAUCACGCUGGUUCGGUCCAGCGACGACGAGAGUACCUCUGACCUGGGGGCUGAACUUCAGACCCCCAAGCGGAGCCUCAAACGCGCCAGCAAUGGUACAUUUACAAGCGACUCCGGCUUCGAUUCAGGAGACGAGAGCCUUGCAGAGAGUGUCUUCUCCCGCCGCGAAGUGCUCGAGUCUCCAGCGUCGACGGUCGCGCCAUCUCCCAAUAUCUCGCAGAUCGCCUUGUCUACACCCAGUACAGCUGCUCCUGCACAACAGAGCCAGAAGGAGCUCAAACCAGCGCCAACUCCUGCACCAGCACCGACACCUGCGCGUCCAUCUACUUACGAUCGGGUUAUAAAAGGGCUGACACCGAGGAGCAUCGCCAGCUCGUGGACCAACAGCUCCAAAUGUAACAUCUGUCAUGGGGUUCCUUCCUCGGAAGCCUGGAGCGUCAUGGGGAUCUUGAAGGAAGAGAACAAAGGACUGAAGGAGCGACUCGGGGAGUUGGAGAACGUGAUUGAUGAUUGCCUGUGUCUUGUUGGGCCCUGACAGCUUGGU